AUGGCUGUGUUAAACCCCGACACCACCACUUGUAUCAACUUCAUGCUGCAAACCCCAUCAGCUUCAUGUUUUGCUACAUCUCUCAACUCUGUCCACUCCAACACACCUUACUCUGUCCAUCAGCUCCACAUAUUACCAGAUCCAUCAACUUCAUGCUCUACAAUGUCUGUCAGUUCCACUCCUACCAUAUCUGUCAGCACUACACUCUACCACAUCUGUCAACUCCACCCCAUACCACAUCCGUCAACAUCCACCCUUUACCACAACUGUCAACUCCACCCUCUACCACAUCCGUCAACACCCUCUACCACAACUGUCAACUCCACCCUCUACCACAUCUGUCAACUCCACCCUCUACCACAUCCGUCAACUCCACCCUCUACCACAUCUGUCAACUCCACCCUCUACCACAUCUGUCAACGCCACCCUCUACCACAUCUGUCAAUGCCACCCUCUACCACAUCAUUCAACUCCACAUUCUACCACACCUGUCAACUUCACACACUGUCUCAUCUAUUGAGCCUUCACAUUCUACCACAACUGUCAACUCCACACUUGACCACAUCUUCCAACUUCAGCAACUCUACAUCCUACCCCAUCCGUCAACUUCACACUCUACCACAUCCGUUGAUCCCAUCUCCACAUUCUACCACAGCUGUCAACUCCACACUCAACCAUAUCUGUUGA